CACACUGGAGAAAGGCCAUUCACCUGCUCAGACUGUGGGAAGAGAUUCACUCGAUUAUCCCACCUACAGGUGCACCGGUCUGUUCACACUGGAGAGAGGCCAUUCACCUGCUCAGAUUGUGGGAAGGGAUUCACUCAGUCAUCUAAACUGAAGGUACAUCAGCGAGUUCACACUGGGAAGCGGCCGUUCACCUGCUCAGGCAGUGGGAAGGGAUUUACUUGCUCAUCUGAACUGAAGGUACAUCAGCGAGUUCACACUGGGGAGAAGCCGUUCACCUGCUCAGACUGUGGGAAGAGAUUCACUUACUCAUCCCAACUGAAGGUUCAUCAGCGAGUUCACACUGCCGAGAGGCCAUUCACCUGCUCAGUGUGUGGGAAGGGAUUCACUCAGUCAUCUAAACUAAAGGUACAUCAGCGAGUUCACACUGGGGAGCGGCCGUUCAUCUGCUCAGACUGUGGGAAGGGAUUCACUUGCUCAUCUGAACUGAAGGUACAUCAGCGAGUUCACACUGGGCAGAAGCCGUUCACCUGCUCAGUCUGUGGAAAGGGAUUCACUCAGUUAUCCCACCUACGGCUGCACAGGUCUGUACAUCAUCGAGUUCACACUGGAGAGUGGCCGUUCACCUGCUCAGACUGUGGGAAGGGAUUCACUUGCUCAUCUGAACUGAAGGUACAUCAGCGAGUUCACACUGGGGAGAAGCCGUUCACCUGCUCAGUCUGUGGGAAGGGAUUCACACAAUUAUCCCACCUACGGUUGCACAGGUCUGUUCACACUGGGGAGAAGCCUUUCACCUGCUCAGACUGUGGGAAGGGAUUCACUUGCUCAUCUGAGCUGAAGGUACAUCAGCGAGUUCACACUGGGGAGAAGCCAUUCACCUGCUCAGUCUGUGAGAAGGGAUUCACUCGAUCAUCCCACCUACGGUUGCACAGGUCUGUUCACACUGGGGAGAAGCCGUUUACCUGCUCAGACUGUGGGAAGGGAUUCACUCGAUCAUCCCGCCUACAGUUGCACAGGUCUGUUCACACUGGUGAAUGGCUGUUCACCUGCUCAGACUGUGGGAAGAGAUUCACUUACUCAUCACAACUGAAGUUUCAUCAGCGAGUUCACACUGGGGGAGGCCUUUUACCUGCUCAGUGUGGGGGAAGGGAUUAA